AUGGCAAGGCUGCAUCUUCGGGUCAUCCUCUAUCUACGAAAUAUGCAAGACAGGUUCGACCCAAAGGUAGCCAUCAGCUCCCUUCUGACUAUUGAAGGCAGCUCACGAUAUGCCUCUCAUACCUCACCUCCCACUUCCACAACAGAGUUCAUGUCCUCGAAUUUGAUCAUUUCGAAGGUGGAAUGGCCAGGAUGGAUGGAAAACACAAGAACCAACCAACCCAUCAAGCCCGACGAAAUAAAACGCGAACCUCCUCCUGACCAUCUCAAACCAUUCGCCGAGGGUGACCGGAAAAAGGGCAGCCGGUCGCUCCAAGUGGCUGACAAAUCCAAUGUCGGCUUUUAUACACGACCCUCCUCAUCUCUUUCCCGGGCAUUUAUUGCAGCAGAGUUCUGCGUGCUCGAAGAUAUCACCUUGUCACAUAAAGCCUUCUUUGUCUUCCACAACACACCUAAGCCUCGCCAUCAGUUGAUGCCCUUCGCUCCCACACGCCAAUACCUCUUUAAAAUGACAAACUAUACUGUUAACGUGACCAGCGAUAUCGUAUGUCCAUGGUGCUACAUAGGGCAUACGCGUCUGUCUCGUGCCAUUGCCGAACACAAAAAGACAUAUCCAGAUGAUACCUUUCACCUGAAAUACUUUCCAUUUUACCUUAAUCCACCACCACAGCUGACCACGGGUAGCGGUCCGCCGCCGCCGCCUUUUCCGGCACCAUCGCGCCCAAGGCGUGAGAUGUAUGCCGCAAAAUUUGGGCCUGAGCGUGCGAAGCAGAUUGAAGCCAUGAUGACUCAGACCUCCCGUGGCGAGGGUCUCAACUUCAAGUUCGGCGGUAUGACGGGACCCUCGAGGAACGGACACAGACUUGUCCACUGGGCGCAGGGUAAAGGGGGCGAGGAUUCCCAGAACAAGGUCAUGUUGGGUCUUUGGAGACGCUAUUUCGAGGAGGAAGUCGAUAUCACCACGCUCGAAACCCUGGUGGACGUCGGAUUGGAGGCCGGACUGGGCACCAAGGAGGAAAUCACCGAGUACCUGACCUCUGGCAGGGAUGGGGAAUUGGUCGACAAGGAAGCAGAGGAGGCCCAUAUGAAGGGCAUCUCGGGUGUGCCGUUCUACGAGAUCAAUGACAUGUGGGAGGUGUCGGGGGCGCAAGAUCCCCUGGCCUUCAGGAAACUGUUCGCGAGGUGGAAGGAGUUGGAGGCUAAGGGACAAGUGCCCGUCGGUGAUGCGGGUGCAAAGACUGCGAAUGGGAAUGGCUGCUUGUAA